AUGUCGUCUUCUUACAAAGCCGCUGAUAGAGCGCCUGUUACACCAACCUACCAGUCCCGAGUCGACAGAAUGAGUACAAAGAGAACUGCCCUUGCAGAGAUACAACCCAAAGCGUCCACAACCCCUGUCACAUCUUUUCGACGCGAGAUUGAAGGCCCACUCGGAUCCUCACCGCGUCUACCUCAUCACGAAUCCUUGAAACCGGAGGGCAAUCUGUCAGUGAGACAAAAAGCCGCCGCAGGAAAGGUACCUGCCAUCGAGAACAAGCGUCUAUCAACAAUUGCAGACGAGGUUUCUGCGGAUGCUAAACGAGAUUCUCAAGUUUCUACUGCAUCCGUGGGCACAGCAAUCAUCAAAGCAAAGAGAAAGACCCACGUCGGACCAUGGCAGCUUGGAAAGACGCUCGGCAAGGGUGCCACUGGCAGAGUUCGCCUUGCGAAACACUCCUUGACCGGCCAGGUUGCGGCAAUCAAGAUCGUCUCAAAGAAGUCCGCUGCUUUGGUGCAGAGUGCGAGUAUGGCUCGUAUGGACACCGAGGAAAGCAGGGCAAUGAUCGCAACAGGCCCCAGAACCAUGCCAUUUGGGAUCGAGCGCGAGGUCGUGAUCAUGAAAUUGAUUGAACAUCCAAACAUCAUCAACCUCUAUGACAUUUGGGAGAACCGAGGCGAGCUCUACCUGGUCCUCGAAUUCGUGUCUGGGGGAGAACUGUUCGAUUACGUCUCCAGCAACGGUGCUCUUCCGGAGGAGGAAGCUGUCAGACUCUACCGACAGAUCAUCGCAGGCCUAUCCUAUUGCCAUGGCUUCAACAUCUGCCAUCGAGACCUCAAACCUGAGAACAUACUCCUUGAUAACCAUCGAAACGUCAAGCUCGCCGACUUUGGCAUGGCUGCUCUCCAGCCGGACGGGACCUGGCUGAACACCUCAUGCGGGAGCCCACACUACGCUGCACCCGAAAUCAUCCAAGGCGACCGAUACCGCGGCGACAAGGCCGACAUCUGGAGCACUGGUAUUAUCCUCUUUGCCAUGCUUAAUGGCUUUCUGCCAUUCGAUGGAGGCACGCUGCCAAAUACUUUGCGUCUCGUCAAGAAAGGGGAAUACUUUCUACCUCCAAGUUUAAGUGUGGAAGCAUCCGACCUGAUCCAGCGUAUUUUGCAAAAGAGACCAGAAAAGAGAAUCACUAUGGAGCAGAUCCGGUCCCAUCCGCUCCUUCGCAAGUACGAAAAAUACCAUGCGAGCCUUGUUCCACCCCAACCUCAGACGGCGCGGUCUGCAAAUAGUGAGUACCAAGCGAAGCGUGUCACUAAACGAUCCGACAUCGACCCCGAGGUUCUGCGAAAUCUUGCAACCCUAUGGCAUGGCCAGAAGAUUGAGGAGCUGGUUGAACGACUGAUGAGCGAGGAGGCAAACCAUGAAAAGCUUUUCUAUUGGGCCUUGAUCAAGUUCCGAGAGGAUCAACUUGAAAACUACCCCGGUGAUCCUCUUCAUUACUCUGCUAGCGACUACCAUCAUUUGACCAAACCAGCUCCACAACCGAAGAAGCGCGGCCGUGGUCAUGGCCGCCGGGCUUCUCAGUUCUCGAUUGUCAGCGAUGACAACAACAAGCGUGAAGGAUACUACAAAAAUCCCGCAACAGCCACGAGCAAGGCGACCCAGAGCAGUUAUGACCCGUACCGUGCUUCAAGAACUCCGAUCACAGAAAGUAGCCAAACCCGGGCUACAGUUGUUGUCCGUCGUGGUGCCAUUACCCCUGAUGGCCAGUCGGUAAGUUCUGCUGGGAGCAUGAGACGGAGGGCUAUACAGCGCGAUGAGGAUCACGUCCCGGCUCUUCCUAGCUUCACUUCAGAGGAUCUUGACAGACUGGCUCACAAGAAGCGAGCCUCGUACUCUACUGCAACAUCUAGAAGCUCUCUAUCGAGUGCGAGACGACAUCCCCGAAUCAGAAAGUCAGUAAGCUACAAGCGGCAAGUCAAUUUCGCUCACCGACGCCAAGGUCUUACCGGAGGUACCCGAGCACAUUCACGGGCAUUGGUGCAUGAGAGUGGGCUUUCCGAACGGCCACAGACACGCAGCACGAUUGCCCCUUGGUCCGAAACCCAGAGUACACCAAGCUUACCCACGCCGCCACAUGACUACCGCCCCCGCAAGUCCAGCUCCGAGAUAGAUGUGAAGAAGCCUAGGGUCGCGAGCUAUUACUGGAAAGACGAAACACGAAAGGUGAGCGCGGAGCUGGGGAAAAUCUGUGAAGAAGCAUUCAACCGGUCUUCAGUGUCCACAGAGAGUGAAGUGAGCCCGCAUGCGCCAUUGGACUCGUCAUUAACGUCAGUUUCCGCACACAAUGCGAGGCUAUCAGGCAACAUCCGAGAUCGUCCUCUUCCGGCCACGCCAGUUCUUCAAGAGUUGAUCGAGCGCCGGCAGAAGAUCAUCGAGACUUGGGGAGACGCUGAUCCAACUGUGCUUGCUGAUAUGCUUGCUGCUGUCGAUAAGCGCAUCGACAGCGAGUUGGAAAAGCAGAGAAGCCACGAAAAGCGAGCAGCGUCCGAUCCUACUCACAACAGUGUCAACGGGAGAUACUACCGCGCUGUGUCUCCGUCAAAUACCAUGGAUGACUUGAGGCGCAACCGCGAGGAGAGUUCUAGGGCGGCAUCAGAUCCUGUCAAAUACAAGACACCGCGGGCUCGACAGGAGAACACCAUUCGACUUGUCACCCCUGAUCCAACUUCACCUUUGGCUCGCAUCGAGCCUCUGAAAGUUCGUAAGAACAAAGCUAUGCCCAUCAACUCUCUACGUGGUGGCCCGACCGAACUUCAACAAGAGCGCGGUGGGUAUGAUCCUCGGCUCUUUGUCAAAGCUGGAUUGGACACAAUUGAAGAAAUCCCCGCCUCACCGAAGAAGGCUGCGGCUCGCAAGUGGUCAUGGCUUGGGAAGCGUACGUCGGGUGCACAGGAUCCGCCCGAGACGGCGCCUUCCUUGGAGAAUGUUUCUGACACCACUGACCCCCAAGGAUCGCAGGUUGUGCAACCUCGCGAAUCAGGCGCUUCUUCGACUCUCGAGGGAGCCAGAGGCUGUGAUACCGAAUCAGUUGAUGUCGAGUUGAAUAUGGAAAAGAAGAGAAAGUGGUUUCAGAAGAUGUUCGGGAAAACUUCAAGAGCAAAGGAGGCUCAGUUGACCCAGCCCCUAGAGCAUCGUAUCGUGCGAGACCUGUCGAGUGAAAUCGGGUAUGACGAUGCCGAUCAUGAAGAGGGGCCGGACAACUGUUCUGAAAUCCAAGUUGGACCACCCAAAACUUAUCCUCCAGCCACGAGCGUCGAUGCUGCGGCUGCGGCAGCAGCAGUUGGGCCCAUAGAAAUCAGCCAGAAUUGGUUCGCCAAAUUCUUCCACAUCAAACCCGCCACUCGAGUGAUCUGUGUCCAGAUCACGAAAGGAAGAGCUAGGAGGGAGCUCGUCAAGCUCUUAAAGGAAUGGAGAAAGUAUGGAUUGAAGGAUAUUGUCAAUGAACGUCGUGGAGGCGCCGAUGUCAUCCGAGGUCGUGUUGAUGCUUCUAACUAUCUUUCACUGAAACCGGUUCAUUUCCAUGCGUAUCUGUAUUCAGUCCUCGAGCAUGGUCGAAAAGCCCACUUGAGUGUCAUGAAAUUCACCCAGGAGAAGGGUGCGGCCAGCAGCUUCUACAAGGUUGUUGAGACAAUCGAAGCCGUCAUGAAGGAACGAGGGUUGCUGGUGCUGGAUGCACAGAGAAAGAGGGGCAUCGAGCAUAGUCUCAAAGUUUCGGGUUUGUAG